UUAUACAAUAAACAUUUUUGAAAAUUUAAUGAAUAAAACACAAUUAUUUGUAUUAUAUUUUAUGUUGUAGGAGAUAAAAAGACUCAAAGUAGAAGGCUCUCCUCAACAAAAACAGUCAGAAUUUGAAAAGGCUAAAUCAGAAUGGCGGAAAAAGUUGAUUGAACAGUAUCAAAAAACCCUGCUGCAAGUUCCUACAAAACCUUUACAACCAAAAAGUGAAAAAUGUAGCUUUAAUGAGAUUUAUAUUAGGCCUAAAAUAACGAGGGAAAUAAAAGGAAAAAAGGGGGAGACAAAGGAGGUGGAUGUUGAAACAAUGUCUGAAAUCUUCACAAUGAACGGAGUCCCCCAAAAAUCUGUAUAUGUUAUAGGAGAUGCAGGGUCAGGAAAAACUAGUUUUUGUAAAUAUCUGGUCAACUGUUGGUGUUUGUCACACAGUGAGGAACAUGGAGCUGGCAAUGAAAAUGAUGAUGGCAGUGGUAAACCUGAAGGUGACAGUGAAAAACAUGGAGGUGACAGUGAAAAAUUUGGAGGUGAUGAUGAGACACCUGGAGUUGGCAAUGAAUUUGAAGAUGGCACUGCAGAACAUGGAGUAGAUAAUGAAGGAAAUGAAACACAUGUUGGUGUCAAUGAAAUUGAAGAUGGCAGUGAGGAACAUGGAGGUGAUAAUGAAGAACAUGAUAAAAAGAGAAUCAACAUUGUAAAUGAAGAGGUAAAGGGGACACAUAGUGGAGACAUUGAAAACGAAGAGGGCAGUAAGACACAUGGAGGUGUUAAUGAGAAACGAGGAAAUGAAAAACAUGUGGGUGGCAUUAAGAAAAAUGGAAGUGACAGUGAUGACAUUCAAGAUAACAACGAUGAAUCCCACAAUGAUGACUCUGAUGGUGACUCCAUGCCUUCCGAAUCUGACAUUUAUGACUCUGAUAUCUUUAAUAACUCUGAAUCCCAUAGUGACGACUCUGAUGGUGACUUAAUACACUCCGAAUCCGAUAGUGACGACCCUUAUACUGACUCCACAGACUCUGAAUUUGACUUUGAAUUUUACAGUGAUGACUAUGAAUAUGAUAGCAAAAAUUAUGAACUUGAAUUCAAUGGUGUAAAAGAGAUGAAAAAAUUUGACUUUGUAUUUUACAUCCCUCUAAGACAGUAUAAUCAAAACAUUGACACUAUUGAUGAAAUGCUUCUAAAACGUUAUCAAAUGAAAAUGUUAAACACACUUCUUGAAGAGGAAUCCUCUAGAGUAAUGAUUUUGCUUGAUGGCUUAGAUGAAUGGUCCUCUGAAAAUGUCCCACAGCAUAGCAUCUUUAAGGAGUAUACAAUAUUAACUACUUCGCGGCCAUGGAAAUUUCAUACAUUAAGACCAACUAAUGUUGAUAUUGAAGAGUCGCUGAAUCUGAAAGGGUUUGAUUUUAGAUGUGAAAGGGAAAUGGUAAAUAGGACAGUCUCACAAUUAAAUGUAAAUAGACAUGCUAAUAAACAUCCCAGAGAUUGUAGGAAAAAGCUGAAUCAGAAGUCUCUGGGAAGUUUAAAACAGGUACCAAUUAUGCUACAACAACUGAUAUGUCUAUGGUUUGAUGGUAAACUCGAUAAAACCUCAAGAUGUGCCAUCCACACCGGUAUGUUAGAAUUAUUCUUCACCUGGAAUGACAUGAAAACUACAGGAACAAGUACUCGACUCAUGAAGGGGACCCAGAAAGUAGAUCUUCCUAAAUAUUUAGCCGAUAAAACCAAAUUAAGAUUAAAUCGCCAUUUUAUUUAUGAAGUAUCACAGUUGGCUUAUGAGACACUAUUUAAUUGUUCGAAGGAUAAGUCUUUGACAUUUGACAUUUGUAUGUUUGAUGAACUAGAAAUAUCAGAUGAAGUAAGAGAAAAUUGCUUGAAACUUGGAAUAAUUACAGAAGAUGAAUGUCCAAGUUUAUCUGUAUCAGAACCACCAAGCUCAUUGUUCUCCUUUAUUCACAAAUCAAUGCAAGAAUUUCUGGCUGCAGUGUAUAUUGGCAUCAAUUUCAAUGCAAAAAUUGGGUUGUCAGAUAGUACAGGAAAUGUUGAAUUAGCCAAAAAGUUUAUUGAUGAGAUUUUUCAGAAAUGUCUAACAGUCAAUGACAUAUUAGAGCAGUCAAAUGUAAUUAUUAUGCUAUCUGGUCUUGAACCUAGAUUAGCAACUCAUGUUUCAAAAUACAUAUAUGAUACUGUGUCAGAAGACUCUCGUGUUCAGGAAUACAGGAGAACAAUAAGUGUUCAGGAAUACAGCAGAACAAUAAUUAGUGACAAUUAUAAUUAUAGUAUUAGUAGGGAUCAUCGUUGUAUUACUGAUAUUCAAGAGCUUAUGUUUGAGUCAAUGGAAGAAUUCAAUGCAGCAUGUAGUGUAGGAAGUAAUACGGUAUUUUAUAUAGGAGAUUUGGUCAUUGAUAGACGGGGUCAGUAUUGUGAUAUUGUUUGUUCAAGUAUUGAUCAGCAACAAAUUGUUCCUGACUCUGUUCUGUCUAUUAAGGUAGGUGACAUCAACACAUUUAAUGUUAAAUUUACAAAAUAUUUACCAAUGUUUCAUCACCUUGAAAAAAUUGAAAUAGAGUAUGUAUAUGUACAAAGGUUAUCAAGUACACAAAGUGAUAGAACACAGAGUAAUGAACAGAUGAUUGAUGAGAUAAACAAUUGUGUUCCUGAGACAAUUAAUGUAAAUACUUCAACAUUAAAGUCUCUGUCUCUUGUUGAUUUCUCUUACACUGGCAAGUAUUACCCAGUGUAUAAAACAGUUGUUAGUUACCUACCUAGUAUGAUCAAUCUUGUAGCAAUACAUAUGAAACAUAUAGCAAUGAGUCAUGAUGAUACUACUACAUUUUGUAAUUUUCUUGAGGGAACCAGUCAUCUUGAACAAAUACAUCUUGAUGAUGUUAUAUGUAAGUGUAAGAAGCAGCAUGAUGUAAAUUUAUCAAAACAUAAACAACUUCAGUACCUUGAUUUGAAUGAUACUGUUAGUGUGAUAGAUGCUGAUACUACAAACCUUGAAAUAUUUAAAUUUCAUGAUUUGAUAGAUAGUAAUUAUGAGAAAAUAUUUGAUAUUAUUAGAAAAUCUAGCAAAUUAAAAGAACUUAAAUUGAAUGAAGAAUAUGACAAUAAAUCUCAAUUUUAUCAUACCAACAUAACAAAGAGACUAGUCACAGUAUUACCAUUGUUACACAAUCUCAGUAAGCUUGAGUUAGAUAGAUGUAGGUUAACUGACAAUAUAAUACAGUCACCUUUAGAGAUGAAGAGUUUAAAGAACAUUCGGCUUUUUGAAGUCAUAAUGAGUUUGACAACAUGGAAGAAGUUUGUUGAUAGUCUUCCUGGUAUUCCUCAUACUGUAGAGGUGAGGGUAAGUAGCUGUUAUAUAAUAGGAAAUGGUGAUGAUAUGUUUACAUUGACAUCACUAGAACUUAAAGGAGGGAAGGGAAAUUAUGCUAUACAGUAUGUAAAAGAUAAGGAUCAGCUAUUUCAUGUUAAACAGUAUAAUGGUAAUUGCUUUGACUUUUCAACAAAAAAGUGAUAAAGUAUACAAGUAGUUUAGUUACAUAGUGUUUGAACACUAAUUUUUGUUUUUCUACCUUUUCAACAAAAAUAAUGGUUUGAAUUUUUAACAUAGUGAGAUAAAAUACAUGCAGAUAACAUAGUGUUUGAACUGAAUUAUUUUAUGUGAAAAUUUACAAUAAUUUUUUUGUUGUUAUUUUCUUAAUAAAAGUGAUUCUUAUGACAAGUAAUUAACAUAUUGUUGUGAAGCAAGAGGAUGAAUUUAAUGCAUUAUUAUAACAAUUUAAAUACAAUUUAGAAAAUAAAUAUUGAUGUUUUAUCAAUGUAACAAAAUGUAUUUAUAAUAUUGAAAUUGAAGACAGUAAUAUUCAAUUUUUGUUUAUAAAUAAAUAAAUGAAAGAAAUGCAGUGAAAUAAAGUAAAUAUAUUGAUUUAAUAAAGAUAAAGGUUCUUUUCUAAAGAUCAGGAAUAGUUUGCGGGGAAAAAAUGAUUUGAAAACAGUAAUGUUCUAAUUAUAAAUGUAUAAAUAGGUUUGUAAGUAAACAAGUAAAUAAAUUAAUGAAUAAGUAAAUUAAAUGAAUUAUAUAUCAUAAAACAAAUAUUGAAUGUACAAAGUCAAAAAGGAGGAUGAUGUCAGUUAAUAGGUUGAAAAAGUAAAAUAUACUUUAUUUAUAAUUAAUAAGCCCAUUUCUAAGCACAUUUACUUUUUAUGGUAAAAAAUAGAAUCACACAUUAUAAUAAUCAGGAAUUUGACAAGAGUUAGGGGUUGAAGUUGUUUUUAUUAUCAUUGAACAAAAUUGUAAUAUAUAAAUGGAUACUAUCAUACAUGAAAAUAAAAAAGCACAAAGAGAAUGAUAUAUACAUGCUUAAAUAGUUAUAUGAUAUAUGAUACAAGGAAAUGGUACCAGUUAUAUGUUAUAUAUGACAAGAGAAUGGUAUAUAUAAAUACCAGUUAUAUGAUAUAUAUAUGACAAGGGAAUGGUAUAUAUAGAUACCAGUUAUAUGUUAUAUAAGACAAGCAAAUGGUAUAUAUAGAUACCAGUUAUAUGUUAUAUAUGGCAAGCGAAUGGUAUAUAUAAAUACCAGUUAUAUGUUAUAUAUAUGACAAGGGAAUGGUAUAUAUAUAGUUAUAUAUACCAGUUAUAUGAUAUAUAGGACAAGGGAAUGGUAUAUAUAGAUACCAGUUAUAUGUAUAUAGGACAAGGGAAUGGUAUUUAUAUAUACCAGUUAUAUGAUAUAUAGGACAAGGGAAUGGUAUAAUAAUAACCAGUUAUUUGAUAUAUUGGACAAGGGAAUGGUAUUUAUAAAUACCAGUUGUAUUAUACAUUAUACUAAGGACAAGGGAAUGGUAUAUAUAAAUACCAGUUAUAUGAUUUAUAGGACAGAGGAUCAGUAUAUAUUAUUACCAAUUAUAUGAUAUAUAGGAUUAUAUGAUAUAGAGGAAUUGUAAUUUUUUAUUUGAAUACCUGUUAGAUGUGAGGACAAGUAAAUGGUAUGCUAAUUUUUUUCAUGGAGAUGAGGACUACUUACAAGUUAUAUUUUAGAAAUUCCUUCUUUGAUUGUUUUAUAUGGUAAGGAUUGAAAAAGGGGAAAAAUUAUAAUUAUGCAAAAACAAUUACUUUGUACAAGUUAAUAUUAUUAGUCAGUAUCAGUCAUGUGUAUAUCUAAAGGGGCUUCACUUAGGAUUUUUGACAUGUUCGGAAUUAAAUUUUCUUGAUUUUUUUAGAUUGAUAGGAUGAGAAUAUUCUUGAGGUUUCCUACUAUUUCAAUAUAACUAUUAACUUGUGUGCAAAAAAAUUAGAUCAUUCUUUAGAUCAAGCUGUAUCUCCAUUACAACUUCGGGUGGAUUAGAACCUCACGCACAUAUGAGAGUUAUAGGCAGUCUCUGUCCGAGGACCAUGAAUAUAACAUAAAUUUUGACAGAGUUAUUGCCCUUUUUGAAGUUAGACAGUUCUGCAGUCGCCAUCACUGUGGAUAGCUGAGCACACUGUGCUGUCGAGAGCUCUUGUGGUUCAAAAUGAUAUAAAUGUUUAUAGCUUAACUCCCCUUAAAAUUACACACAAUUAAUAUCAAUUUUCAAUUUUAGUUUUUUUUUCUUGAGAAAUAGUAUUAUUCUUAUAUGCCCGAAAGAGGGUGUCCGUCCGUUUGUCCGUCCGUUAGCAAUAUGGUUUCCAGAGCAUAACUUAAGUUCCAUUUGGCCCACAAUAUUCAAACUUCAUAGGAUAUUGUCCAUAUUGGGUAGAAGACCCUUAUUGAUUUUGGGGUCACAAGGUCAAAGGUCAAGGUCACAAUGACCUUAAAACUGAAAACAGUUUCUGGACCAUAACUUAAGCUCCAUUUAGCCCAAAAUAUUUAAACUGCAUAGGACGAUUGUCCAUAUUGAGUAAAAGACCCUUAUUGAUUUUGGGGUCACAUGGUCAAAGGUCAAGGUCACAAUGACCUUAAAACUGAAAACAGUUUCUGGAACAUAAGUUCCAUUUGGCCCAAAGUGUUCAAACUUCAUACGAUGAUUGUCCAUAUUGGGUAGAAGACCCCUAUCGAUUUUGGGGUUACAAGGUCAAAGGUCACGGUCACUAUUACUUUAAAACUGUAUAACGUUUCAAGAACAUAACUUAAGUUCCAUUUGGUCCACAAUAUUCAAACUUCAGAGGCAUGAAUUGCUAUUUGAAGGAGGUAAUACUUUAUUUAAUUCUCAUGUCUUACAAAUGCUUCAACCUUACUAAAAAACAAUCAACACUUUUGAGCAUAUAAUGCUCCGCCUCAGCGGUGCUCUUGUUAUAUUUUUCCGUAUUAAGUUUCCAAAUUAAUCUGUUUUGGAAUUUCUACUUUAAUUUUUUAUUUAGGGUUUUGGACCUCAGUGGAGCUUCUUUAAGUGAACUUAAAUGCUUAUUUUUUUUGUAAAUUAUAUAGAUAAACUUAAGGUAAAUGAGUAUAAACAUGCCUAUCUGUAAAUUAAGAUGUACAUAUUAGGAAUAUUAUACCAGUUUGUGGCUGCCCCUCAGGUAUAUAUUCCCUUUCUCGGCUGUCCCGAGGGUAAUUUGCCAGUUCUUAGCAGCCUCUCUUGGAUAUAUACCAGUUUUUGACUACACUAAGGAAAUGUAUUAUGGCAGAAAUAUCUGUAAGUCUAUAAUUACUCAGCUUGUUUCAAUAUUGCAGUAAAAUGUUACAUUUGUCUUGUUAUUUCUUGAUUUUCGGCACAUUUAAGUACCAUUACUUUGAAAUAAAAUUUACCAUUAAAGGAUUGCCUAGCUUUUGAAAUAUUGUGCACUGAGAAAAUGUAAAUUUUAAUUCAAUCAGUAUAAAUGUGAAUGGGUAACCCAUACAUAUAAACAAAUACACUUCAUUUGUGAUGAUUGUAGUUCAGCCCAGUAUCUGUGGAUUCAUAUGAUGUUAAGACUGAAAAUUAAA